UUCAAAUAUUUUCUUUGAAAGAAAGAAAAGUUUUUGAUAAAAUUGAAAUUGUUCUUAAAUUUUUGAAGUUUUAACCCAAGGACCAAUGUGGACCUAUUAUACCGUAAUCACAUUCGAGACGGCUAUAAAGAUGACCCCAUAUUGCCAGGGGUGGCCCACGUUGUGCUGGUUCUUUUUAAAGGCGUAUGGAAUGUUGAAGUAUUUGAUUUUGGACCGCGAUAGAAUGUUUUGGAUGCUAUGCGCUUUUUUCAUUUUAUCAGUAAUGCUUAUCAAUUGGUUUAUAGGAUUUAAACAGAAGAAAGAGCUCCGAAAGGAACUUUUAGUCAAACAAGAAUUUAUUCAGAGACGCUACGAGGAGAGCAUGGAUGAAUUAUUAUCGAUCCAAUUGAUGGAGAAACAAUCGGAGCAAUUUGAUUGCUUGACGAAUAAACAUAUUUUAAUGGAAACUUCCUCAGAAUUGCAGCGGUGUCCAACCAAAUCAAUGGGAGCCGCUUCAAUUAUAACAUUGAAAGAAUCCCUAACGGAGCAAUCUGAGGACUUGCCGAGUGAACAACUUCCAAAGAAAACUUCUACGGAUGCUCGGGGCCAGGAAGCUUUAACUAAGCAACGUAAACCUUUCGAGGAAGUUCCCGGUGAACAGACCAAAUUGAACGGAAGGAACCGUCUACGUGUAACAUUCAAAGAAGACCUGGCUGAGCCAUGUAAGAGGCUUACGAAUGAAAACUUAAUUGCGGAAAACUGCUCGGAGAUUCCAGAUGCACUAGCCAAAUCCGUUGGGAGCGGCCCGCAUGUAACAUUCAGGGAAGCCUCAACCGAUUCGUCCUCUUUGCGAUCAUUUAACAGUGUCAGCCAGUCCACGCAAACGGGCAAGUUAAAGUCGUGCCUAAAACGUAAUAAUCCACAUUCGGUCGAGUACAACUCGGGCCCCAAAAAUUAUCCGAAAUGGAGGAUAUAAUUGCAAUAGUGGGCCAGUUGACUUAGGUUUUAAUUAAAUUUUGGGUUCAUUUUUGUUCAUCUUAUUGUAAUUGUUGAAAUUUUAAGUUUAAGGGUUUUUUUUAUAUUAAACCAGAGAAAUUCUCUCAAUAGUUUCCCCUAUUAAA